GUCACAGGUUAUAUAAAAAGAAAACAAAACCUAAUAACAAGGCUCUUCAAAACUGCAGUUUUUUUGUACUGAUAUCACAAGUUGUGUGCCACCCAAAACCUUUUAAGGUUGUGUGGAUGAUCAGUACAGAAGAUGGAAAAGAAAUCUGCAGACGUGGAAACAGUUACAGGUGCAUCAGGAAUCCUCAGUGUUUCUCAGAGUUUUGGCAGUUUCGGCCGUGACUACAAGAGUAUAAUCCCUGCACGAGAUGCCAGGUCCGUCAGUUGGGAUAGACCUAAUCUCAGCAACCCUAAGAUUCCUGGUUUGCUGAGGAGAGUUUUGAAGGGGGGGUCUGAUAGAAAGUCCAGACAUCAAGAGGUUGGUGAAUGGAGCCUGGAAGAGUGUCGACACUCCAUCAUGGAGCUGGCAAAGGAGAUGAACAGAGUCAUGAAGAACUCUGCCAUUCCUACCCCUGUGUCCAGUGAGGAUACGUGCAGCCUGGAAGAGUGUCGCUGCUUCAUCAUGAAAUGGGCUGACGAGUUGGACAAGCUGGUCCAGACACCAAAGCAAAGCCAGAGUGCUGGGCAGGUUGAGCAAAGAAAAGGAGCAGAGCUGAGAAACAAAGAGGAUCUCCCAGGACCAGAGGGGGAGGAGCUGAGUGAGGGGGCGGGGCAGAAACAGGGGGAGGAGCUAAAUCAAGAGGAGGAGCAAAGACUGAAGGACGGUCAUGACAUGAUCAUGCAGUGGGCAAGAGAGCUGAAGACAGUGCCAGAGAACUCUGUCUCAGCGGGGGAGGCUGUGGAACAGGGUCUUGCAGAGCUGGUGAAGGAGUGGAAACGAGGCAAGCUGAGUAACAUCUUACCCAUCAUGGAGUUCAUCAUGUGGACCCUGAUCAAGGAGGAGGCAGACAAGGGAAUUGUCACUCGGAUGUGGUUCUUUAGGAUGCUAAAAUCUCAGAAUAUUGGUGCUGGGAGAUGCAUCCCUGAUUCAGUCUGGCAGUGGAUUCACAAGGCAUCAGGUACUCUUUAAGUUUACUAUGUGUUGCUGAAGUCUGAUAUUUCUGAUUGAUUUUUGGUAUAACAGUUUUCUCUAGUACAGAGGGACAGCCCACUGUCAACAAAUGAUUUAAUUUGGUUGUUGACAGUGGGCAUCUCCUCUCUGCUCUACAGUUUAUUUAAAGCCAUGUUCUCCCCUCUCUCUUUUCUUCCCAUCUUACUGUCCUCCCUCUCCCUCUCUUACACCCUUCCC